AUGUCAUCCAAAAAGUUGGUUCCUUUUGCGAUGCUUCUGCUUUCUUUCGCCGGCGCGUUAUGUUAUGGAGAUAUCUCGGGAGAAGCUGUCAGGCCACUUUUGGUCGGCAAGCGGCGACGGCCAAGGGUUCCAGAAAAAUAUAUUUCUGCUGUCGAUGGAGAUGAUAUACGUGUCGCCCUGGUACGUAAGCUACGUCUGCAUGUUAUGGAUGUAGAGCUGUACUAUUACACAUGGACACAGGAAGAGUACGCAAGCCAAGGGGGAAGGACAACCCAAAAGCUUCGAGCUUUGCUCUCAAAUCAACCUUACAAGAACUUCGUGCAACGAUGUAUAAUAAACAUAUACAAGGCUGGUGACACUGCUUUGACUUGGUCUGCCCUGACCAUGGCCCAGUUCUAA